CUAUUAUCUUCGGCGCAAAGGUCGGAUGUCACUCGACGUUCGGUCAUAAAUAUCUCAUCAUUUGGAGUGCACGGUUGGUCGCAUUAAAAUGUUCAAAUUUCUUUUAAUUUCUGCCUUCUUCGGAGUAAUUGCAGCCGAAUCGGCGAAGUUCAUACCUUGUGAUGGAUCGCCACCAUGCUCCAUCUCAGAAGUGCGGAUAGACCCUUGCACCCACCCUGACCAGUGCAAGUUGAAGAAAGGGAACACCUACUCCUUAUCAUACGAUUUUAAGCCUGACUUCUCAGCUGACAAGGCGAAGACUGGUUUAUUUUGGGCAAAGACAGAUACUGAAGAUGUACCAUUCCCUGAAAUGUACAAUGCUGAUGCUUGCCAAUACACGGCCUGUCCUAUCGUCGCCAACAAACUACAGACAUUUGACUACAGCCUGCGACUCUCAAAGAAAUUGCCUAGCGGCCAGUACGUUUUCAAACUGAAGCUUUGGGAUGAAAAUGACGAUUCCAAGAAUUGCUGCUUCAAGACAAACAUUGAACUCAGAAGGAAAUAGACUAAAAUGUUUUACUGACUGUAUUGUUGUAAAUUUGAUUUGUUUGUAGUAUUAAGAUGACACACUAUCCGAACUAUCAUCUCAAGAAGCUUUUCUAUCGAAAAUUGUGAAUUAUUGCUUAUUUCCACAAUAAAUAAACUAAUAAAUAACUACCUAGCUCUUAGUUACGAGAACCCCAGCUGGUUUGUGCAUUCGAACCUCGGAUGUAUAGUUUUUUAUCUACUUGCUUAGAGACUGACGAUUUGUAACAACAUUAAUGAACACAUUAACAAUGUCAGGCAUCGGAAACUAAAUGAUACAUUAUAAUAAUUCAUAUAACAUGCAAUUUACAUUUAAAUAUGUGUGAUAAAGAUCCCUAUGAUAUUUCAA